CUCAUUACCUUCCUUCCUUGACUGUCCCUCCGACGUACUCGUAGAGGUCAGCGACCAGAGCGCUGGACAGGAGACUGGCUGCGCUGCUGAUCGAGCUCGCGCCAUGUCCUCCUUCUUCGACUCGCUGAACUUCCAUCGCGAGCCCAAUCGUCCCUCGGAAGACCCAUCUGGCUCGAACACCUAUCGCUCCUCUUCUUCAUCAGCCCGCGUCGCCUCCCAUGGGAGCUCGAGCCGUGCUAGUACUUCGUCAGCAGUAGCAGGGCCUUCUUCGAGGCCGUAUGGCAGCCGCGAUACAUCGCAUGCCGCUCGUGGCGGGCGCCAAGAGACUGUGUCAGCCAGGAGAUCUGAAGCCAAUUCUUCAACCACGACGGCAGACCGGCCUUCAGUAGGCGCUUCUGCUAUCGACGAGGACGUGAGCCAUGAGGCUUUCAGACAGGAUGAAGGCCCACGAGUCUUCUGGGAUGUGCCGCCCUCGACCUUUAUUCGCGAUUGGGCCAAGGCGAACCCUCCGGACCAGGAGGAUACGCGUAGAGCUGGAGAGGUGGGAGGAAGCAAGGACAGUAGAGGCUGGAGGGACGAUGCCUGGACUGAUCGUCUCCUUCGAUCAGCAGCUGCGAGUGACGGACCAGCUCCUUCGAGUCGAGGGGGCAAAUGGAGCAGACAAGCUUCGACUGCAAGCACAACCUCUACCGCUUCCAACUCGACGUCAAGGACCAAUUCCACUUCUGCAGGCACGACUGGUGGAGUGGGUCCUCUGAGAGCUCUCAAGGGUCGCUCUUCUACGAUCAAUCGGCGCAGUAAGUCUUUGAGGAAUGCAAAACCGGCAUCAGGCUUCAGGCGCCAUGUUUCUACCUCGGCUGUACUCGAUGAGAGCAAGGGAAGCAGCUCAAAUUCACAUCCUUCAGCGCUUGCUGCUUUGUGCGGAGGAAAGAACCAGGCGGAGAGGGUCAACAAGCUUCUUGCAGAUUUGGGUCUUGCUUUUCAAGAAGAGUCGGGAAGAGGACCAGACUAUGAAGAUGAGGAUGGUGGAGAGGCAGCAGCAGACGUCUCGAUGGACAGUAUACACACAGUCUGUGAUCCUGGCUUCAGCAUGGAAGCGGACAGCGUCACCCCGGGGCGGUCCAAAGCGACAACCCCAGCUCAUACUUCAAGCGGCAAGACGCUCACUGCUGGGAAUACGCCUCAACCACCUUUGACAUUGACUGCCUCACAGCGAAGACUUUCUGCAGGAGGUGGAGGUAAAGGAGGCAUACCCAACUCGAGCUGGGAGCGCACUCUCACUUUCCCACCCAGCGGCUCGCCUGCUACCGGUGGACCUCAAUUUCGCACAGGCGAGGCAAUGUCUGUUACCCCGGACGUAGACAUCGACGUUGACGUCGGGUCGGAUGAUGAGGACGGGUUCUGGGACGAGGCGCUUUUGGCUGAUCUACCUCUGCUCUCGGGUAUCGAGGAGGAUCAGGAGGGCUACUUUAGCGGAGGACCUGUCAGAGCGCCUUCUCUUCACUCGCCUCAGCAAACAGUGCCGUUGGCCUCCCCUGAACCCAAAGCCGCAAUCGCCGCUGCUGCUCUGGGGAAACGGAGAGACCCACCUACUCCUAGUCCAGAUGAGAAGAUGGCUACAUCUGUCGCUGAAAUCUCUACUGCAAGUCACUCUGCUUCGGUGGUAGAAUCGAGAUCGCCUUCACCCACGAAGAUGCAGCGCUGGAGUCGAGCUUCGAGCAGAGGAACGGAUCGGACAUUGCCUGAGAAGGCCGCGCAGCUGCCCAGAUCCGGAGACGCUCAGGAACCUGAUCAGGAUGCGGUGCCAGCAGCUCAGCCCGCACAGAGGAGCAGGACGAGAAGUGCAGCAGCUGCAGCAGCUGCAGUAGAGAAAUCAGCUGCACGACCAGUGGCCGUUCCCGCAGCAGAUCAAGCGAGCUCCAUCUCCAGAGGUACUAGCCCAGAGGUACCCACUGCAGCAGCUCGCUCUAGACCUCUACUUCGCUCAAGCACUGCAGCCACAACGCGACAGCCUAGUCGAGUCUCUAGCUCUACGUCCCCUUUCAAGUCCACAGACAGUACGACUGGGUCCACCUCAGCCACAUCAAGCGCUCGGCGAGCCGCUUCACCGGCUACCUUCUACGGCGCUUCUCCCUCCAGAUCCGAGUCCGCGUCCGCGUCCGCGUCUACAUCCACGACUACCCGCUCGUUGACAACUGGUAUGACGACCAGUCGCCCAGCAGGGCUCAGUCGUCGCUCUGCAGGAAUGAGUAACUCGUUGAGUGCCGGGAGCGGAAUGACGCUUCUUCGCGGUGGCUCAGGAGGUGGGAGACGAGGGAGUGGGAGUGGAGGAGAGACGGGAGCUGCAACUGGGGUGAAAGCUUCUUUUAAGAUGCCCUCACGCCGAGCACUUCCCACUGUCCCGCCACACUUGGAAGUUUCGAGCGCUCAGCACCACGCAGCAGGGGAGACAGAGACUGGGACAGGGACAGGGACGGCAGAAGAUGACAGUUUUGGUGACCUCGAGGGGAUCGAUGCGUCCGAUCUGGACUUGGAGGAGAUUGAGAAGGUGAUGAGUGCGAAUGGCUAUUGAUGACCCCGUAGGCAGAUGGGUGGUGCUAGGAAGCGGGGGAGUUGAGGUGGUUUCGUGCUGUACAUCAAUGCUACCGUUGCAUACCUCAUUCAUGACGAGUCGUGUGUGUGCUUUUCUUCGGCCCUGCUCUGACUUCCGUCUAUAUCUCCCCUUCACUAUCACUACUCCCCAUGGCCGCACCGGGAUCACCUCCCUCCUUCUUGACCCUCGCCACCCUU